AUGCCUGUCGCUGCCUCCGUCGCCGGCGUCUGUGCCCACGGGCCUGCCUCAUCGGCUGCCAGCCUGGUCAGGCGGCCGCUCUGCUGCACUGGCUGGACUGGUUUGCCGGCCCAGCCCGGCGUGGGCACCCGCGCUUCAGCCCAGGCUCUAGAGGCCUCAGGAGAGCAGACGGCCGGCAACCGGCAAGCUCAGUGGACACAGAGCGGGACAGAAGCGGCCGGUGGGGGCCCCACAGGUGGCGGCAGCGGGUCACCCGGGGGUGGGGGGCUCCGGAGCUCCGGCUUCCUGGGGACCUGCUCCGACGGGCUGCCUGGGGCACCCCGGGGACAGCAGGAGCCCCCCAGGCUGCUGGGGAGGGUGGUGCACAGCCCAAACUCACUCCCGGCCUCCUCAGGACGGCCAGGACAGAACCGCCAGCCACAGCGGAGGACUGUCCAGCAGGUGCAAGAGCCCGCUUCUGCCCUGCACCCAGAGGCCUCCACAGGCCCAGAGGCCCGGGCAGCCACGACCAUCCAGUGCGCCUUCAGGCAGCUGCUGGCCAGGAAGGAGCUGUGCCGGCGCCGGCGGGAGCGCCAGGAGCACCUGGAGCAGAUGGAGAAGCAGCAGAGGGAGGCCUUCCUGGCGCUGGUGCGGCUGGAGCAGGCAGCGGCGCGGCGCCGGCUGGAGGAGCAGGAGGAGGCGGAGCGGCGUCGGCGGGAGGAGCAGCAGCGCCGGGGCCGCCUGCUGGAAGCUGCCUUCGACGGCAACCUGAGCGAGAUCCGCGCUGUCCUGCAGGAGGUGGAGGAGGCGCUGACCCGCGAGGGCGUGGGCCACGACGAGGCGGGGACUGCGCGGCGCUCGCGGCAGCGCGUGGCCAUGGUGGAGUGCGAGGACCGCAACGGGAACACGCCACUGUCUGAGGCGGCCGCGGGCGGGCAGCCCCUGGCCAUCCAGCUGCUGGCCGAGCUGGGCGCCAGCCCUAACUGCAAGGGCGCCUUCGGACGCACUCCGCUGUACAGAGCGGCCUUCGGAGGCCACCUGGAAGCCGUGGAGCUGCUCCUGAAGCUGGGCGCCGACCCCCGGGUGCACGCGGAUGACGGGAGCACCCCGGAGCAGGUGGCUUCACUGGAUGCCGUGGUCAGCGUGCUACAGUCGUGGGACCUGAGCCUCACGGACACCAUGCUCCAGAACAUGGAGGCCGAGCGGCAGCGCCAGGCCCGGGAGGCCGAGCAGAACCAGGAGGCGGAGGCCAAGAGGUGUCCCAGCUUGAACCUCAAAGUACAACGGCUGGUGAAGGGGCAGCAGCAGUGCCACAAAGAGCUGCAGCAGGCCUGCUGUGAGCUGAGCCGGAGGGUGGCCGAGCACAACAAGUGUCAGCAGAGGAGCAUGGGCAAGGCUGAGCUGAUGCUCCAGGCCAUCAAGGACGCGGAGGCCCAAGUGGACAGGCUGCGGCAGGAGGCCCGGAGGGCGGAGGAAAUGCUGGCGAUGGCCCGGCUGGAGCUGCGGGAACAGACCCAGGACCCAGAGGAGGAGGAGCCGGGGCUCCGCUGCCAGGUCGCCGAGCUGCACGACGUGCUGAUGGAGGACGUGGGCGGCCGCAUCCACGCCGACGGCCGAUGGCCCCUUGUCAUCGACCCUUCGGGCCAGGCGGCCGCCUUCUUGCGCUACCGGGACACCAACUACGUGGACACGAUGGACCCAGACCACCUGCGCCCAGAGCGGAUUCGGCUGGCGCUGCUGGGGGCGCUCAGGUACGGGAAGCCGCUGGUGUUCGACCUGCGCGAGGCGGACCUGUUUGCGGUGGUGCAGCGGCAGCUGGAGCAGGUGCAGCCUGGGCUGGCGCAGGAGCUGCUGAGCGGCGCGCUGCUGGCGCACGGCCGGUACCAGGCGCUGUGGCGGCCCCACGACGGGCCCGAGUAUGACCCCGCCGGGUUCCAGGAGGCGCGGCUGCACCGCUUCCGGCUCAUCUUCGUCACCCGCGCCUCGCGGCCUCCGGACGAGCAGCUGCGGCGCCUGCUCCCCGUGUAUGUGCAGCCGCCGCCGGGCAUGGGCCCUGGGGGCUGGGGGCGCCCACUGGCCCCAGCCCCGCAGGAGCAGGGUGGACAGACUGACCGCCCGAGUUAA